GUUCAGGUCAACACAACCAUUACUUGUUGGACGUACGGAAACUGUGCAGGGCAAGUGCCUAAUCUAAAGACCAUACCCGAAAAUGUGACUGUAAAAUCACUGCUGCUCAAUACAAAUGGCAUCGAGGAGCUGACAAACAUACCAGAAAUGCCGAAGCUCUUCCUUCUUGAUUUGUCCUUCAAUCGUUUGAGAAGAUUCCCGUGGUCUUCUCUGAAGAGUGCAUCGAAUAUUCUUCAUUUAAAACUAAACAAUAACGAAAUUUCAAAAGUUGACGCCUACAUCGACUUCCCCCAAUCCUUGACUUAUCUUCACCUUCAAUUCAAUAGCAUCACCACGAUUGCCGAAACUUUCCUGCAUGGAUUUAAGUCCCCCAAACAGACAUUGUAUCUGCGGAUAUGGCAGAAUCCUCUCCUCUGUGACUGUAAGAUCCAGUGGAUCGUACGUUUGCGGCGAUGUGUGUGGGAACACCGGGACGAAGGCUGUGUCAACGCUUCUCCUGUCAGGGUCAUGAGGUGUAUACUGGCCAAGUGCAACUUCCACCCGAAUGGCGUUGCGGUUAUCCUGGACUGGCUUCAGUUGGAUGACCAAGCUAUCGUAAAGCAAAAAAGCUCUGAAGACUUUCUUAGAUGUGACUCACCGCAAGAACUGAAAGGAAAUUUGCUGAGAGACGUUUCUCUAAAGGCAUGUGCAUCUCCCAACUCUUCGGGAAGUCCACAACAAACGUCGUCUCCAGAUAAUGCAGGGAUUCACGAAUCUGAAAAGUCACCAACAGAGACUGAGCCCCCAACACUUGUUAUCUACAGUUGGGAGAGAACCACGGUCAAGACUUCUGAAUUUUCGCUCUUUUGGAAAGGGCUCACAGCUGGCAUCCUUGGCGGAGCGCUGGCUCUUUUGGUUGUAGCCUUCAUCAUCAGAUGGAAGAAAGUGUUGUACCGUCGCACCUAA